CGGCCCUCCUCUUGGCGGAGGCGAGGCCGGAGAAGGCUCCUCGCUGCGGCUUCCGGAAGCGGAAGGACACGGUGGUCCACCAGAGAGCGUUCAUGGGAGAGAAACCCUACAUCUGCGUCGAGUGCGGGCAGAGCUUCAACCGCAGCUCGGACCUCAUCCGCCACCAGAGGAUCCACACGGGGGAGAAGCCGUACGUGUGCGCCGACUGUGGGAAGAGCUUCAGCCGCCGCUCCCCCCAUGUCCACACGGGCGAGCGGCCCUACCAGUGCGAGGACUGCGGGAAGAGUUUCAGCCAGAGCACCCACUUGGUGCAGCACCAGCGCAACCACACCGGUGAGAGGCCUUAUGUGUGCGCCAAGUGCGGGAGGAACUUCUAUCAGAACUCAGGCCUGCUCCGCCACGCCAACUUCCACACGGGCGAGAAGCCCUACAAGUGCCCCCAGUGUGGGAAGCGCUUCAGUGACAGCUCCAACCUCAUCGCCCACCAGCGGCUCCACACCGGGGAGAAGCCCUACAAGUGCGCUGACUGCAACAAGAGUUUCAGUGAGAGCUCCAAGCUGGUCAUCCACCGGCGCGUCCACACCGGCGAGAAGCCUUACUUGUGCCCCGACUGUGGGAAGAGUUUCAGCCAGCGCUCGCACCUUGUCCAGCACCGUCGCACCCACACUGGGGAGAAGCCCUACAAGUGUGCUGAGUGUGGGACCUGCUUCAGUGACAAUUCUACCCUCAUCCGUCACCGUCGCACCCACACGGGGGAGAAACCUUUCAAGUGUUCCCAGUGUGGGAAGAGCUUCAGCCGCAACUCCUACUUAGUCUCACACCAGCGAGUGCAUGUGUGGUAGGCAGUCUCACUAGAUGUGGACUGUGGAUCAUCUAGGAUGCAGCUCCUGAUCCAGGCCUGUUCGAAAUAUGCCUAAGGGAGGAGAAGUGUAGAUGCGGGUAUGUCUACACCAAGGGUACCAGGCUCAGGGCGCCUGGAUUGUUGUAGGCAGCCGGCCAGAGCAAUGCCUCUGGCCUAUGUUGCCACUUUUGGCCACCUCUUUCUCCCAAAGCACGUCAGGCAUAGGCAGCAGAUGGGCAGUAGUUCUGGAUCCCCAGGUCCUGCCAUCCUUUCUCCCAAGUGGUCGACCUGCAUUCCAUCUACCACAUGGCCAAUGUGCAGGCAUUUCCCUCCACCUUCCCCUGACAAGUGCCUGUUUGGGAGCCUGAGGAGAAAAUGUGCAAUACGAUGAGAAGCUGCUUGCUUGUGCCAUCCUGUGACCAAUGUUAGGCAAGAUGCCUAUGUCUUGGUCAUGCAAUGUAUGCAUGUGUGGCCAUGUCAGCGGAAAUAGAAUGGGAGAUGGGGGUGCUUGAAUGUCUCCUUAAGGAGCUUUGUCCUGAAAUGUUGCGGCCUGUACAAUAUUGUAUAGGUUUAUGGAAGCUCACCAUGCCCAUGUUGUGAUCCAGCUAUGGUGGUCAGGAUGACUGAAGCUAAAUAAGCCCUGCUGAGGGGCUGGUGAUUGCAUCAUGCACGUGCAGUGUGCAGGCCAACUUGGAGCACAGGCCAAGUUCAACUUGAGUCUGCUUGCAAAAGGAAAGUGUAGACAUACCCUGAACCAGAGGAGGAAGGAAUGCAUUCAAAGGGUUACUGCGAAUGCUGCUAGGAUAGUAGGAACGGCGAGGGGGAGCUGUGUGACAGGGACAAGGCUUUCUGGAAAUCUCAGAACUGGUGGGUAACUGAUACAGCAAACUGCCUAACCUGGAGGUUUAAAAACAAGAAUCAGAAUUACGCUUGCUGCUGUUAAGGCUGUGGUACGCAAUUUGACAGGAAUGCGCAGUUUGCCCGUAAGUUUGUGCUGGUGUGGCCUCCUGGUUCUGCAGAAUUCAGAUUCACACAUACGGCCCAGGUGGGCUGGUAUAAGCAGUGUUGUAAAAUGGGACAGAACAACAGCAUAUUGGGACUGACUUGAUUCCAUACCAGUAUUUCUGAAGUCCCGUUUUGACCAGCUUAUGUGUGUGUAAAUAACAUCUAUAUGUUUGUAUUCACAUAUGUAUGAACUUGCUUUUAUGGUAGUGUAUCUUCACACUCAACAUGUGAGCAUUCACACACGCACAAGUCCUUGCAGUGGUCAAAAGGGCCAACUGUAUGACACUAUACCAUAUCAGUACUUUUGAAAACAUUAAACAUACCAUAUAUAGUAGCACUUCUGCAAGUAAUGAGCUGCAAGAGAUAUGUUUGUAUCAAAACAUCUAAAAUUUCAUAUCAGGACAUUUAGUUUUACUCCGAUUACUUUGCGUGUGUAUAGGAUCUGGAAUUGUUCUUAUAAAUGUGUACCCACACAUGUAUAAACACACACACAGAGAAAAUUGUGGCACCUAUGGUUGUAAAGAAUGACUUCUAAAUGGCACUCCGCACUCUCCACCUCAUUUUACAUAAGUGCAUAUCAACUGCAGUUGAAGGAUGUACCCCAUUCAUUAGGGUUUAAACUACAAGGAAUUGCAGUGCAACACUUCGAAUUGUUUAUAUUUUUGACCGUUUUACUGCUGAUUAUUUUAGUGAUACCUGACUGGUGUGCUUGUUCAACGUUGCUGGAGCUUAGAAAAGAUUUCUGGUAUGUGAUGUACUGCAACUGGCUUCAUGGCUUCAGUAUGUCUUUGGAACAGAGCAAUAUAUACUGAAGCCAGCAGAAGGACUGGGGCUGGGGUGGGGAAGAGACUAAGGAAAUAAAGAGGCAAAGGAGAUCCAGGGAUUUGAGCAGCUGCUGGCCAGGGAUGCUUGUGAAUGGCUUGUUCUGCAGCUAGUUCUGCAGAACUCACUACUUUCCAAGGGACUGGCUUCCUUUCUGCAAGCCGCUUCUUGACACUCAACUGCUGAUAAAAAUAUUAUUUUCAUAUUUAAAAAAAAAAAAAGAACUUUAGAGGGAGCAUGUUUGCAGCUCCUAGAGGAACAAGGCACCUUUGUGUGCAGCUGCUCAGGGAAGUAGAGAGAGCUUUCUGAAAUGGGGUGGGCUUUGUUUGCACAGGAACCAAAGCCUUCAUUUGGAAAUGCACAUUUUUAUUUUUAGAUUUUUUUUUGUUUGUUUCCCCUCCCCCUGACCCCACCCCCGGGGAUGGCCUCAAAGCAGUGUCUUCUUGAUUUCUAACUUUCUUCUGGAAAGUGUCUUGGAAAUGUGACUAAUGGUCAUGUAGUUUGUUCCAAAAGCUUCAAGAUUUUCAUCUACUAGCAGACUUUCAAAAAGAAUACUACAGUUCUCAGUUGGUAGACUCAUUUUUAACUCAUUUCAGAGUUCCAGCUAUAGAACUGGACCUACUGAACCGACUAUAGAUUAAUUUAUAUGGGCCUGUCCAUUCCAGUUUACGUUUCCUAAAGGAAAUCUACAGCACUACAAAUGUCUGUUUGGCUGAGGAAGAUCUACCAGCCAGGGAAAGUCAUCUUGUGAAUGCAUCUUUUCUUUGGGGAGUCUGAAUGGAAACACUGUAGCAGAUAAAGGAAAUCACAGCGGGGUGUGCACAUGAGCAUGAGCUCAAAAGGGAAAUCCUCACAUCAAGAUUCUGGUUUGAGAAGCCCACUGCCCCUGAAUACUCCUUCACAACAGUCUUCAGAGCAUCUCUUUUCCUUCUAUGUGCUUUGUGAAGUGCUGUGUACACUUAACAGUGCUCUAUAAAUUAAAACUAUUGAUGUGCAUUUAUUUCUAAGAUCUUUAUGAACUUAUUUAAAACUGUAUGCCAAAUCAAAGUGGCCUUAGGGUUCACAGCACGUUGCCAGUGUGGUAGUCUUAGCUGCUAGGAUUGGAUUGCCCACCAGUGUAAGUACCAUCUCUGGAUUGCCUUUCCACAGCUAGUGUUAGUUUUCUCUGCUCAAUGCCGCUUGGCUGAAAUCAUUCACUUUCCCCAGACAGUCUUCCCUUUCCUGUUUGUGACCAUCUAGCUUGAGGAUCUGGGUACCGCUCCUUCUUGACUGUUGAAAAAGUUAUAGGGUAUGUUCCUCUUCUUCCAGGAGUUUAAUCACUUUGUGGGCAGCACAAAGUGACAAGCCAAAUUCAGAAGAUGGAGAUAUGGGCAGGUGCAAAAGGUCAAGAACCAAGAUGGCGAUAUGGGCAGGUGCAAAAGGUCAAGAACCGGAGGGUUUACUUCCGCAGCAGCUAGCUCACUGGCUUCUUUUACUAGCUGUCUCCUCCCUCAGGAUUGCAGAGGGAGGCUACUGGGGAAAAAACAAAAGGUAAUAAGCUCUAUCCUAGGCCCUUGGUCCCCAGCUGGUGCCCAGAUCCUCCUGCCAGUUGAGGGAGUUCUGUAAUUUCCUGUUGUGCUACUGGUGCUUAGAUACUACAGUGACGCUAUGGCACUUUGGAAAUACCCAAGAUAGAUGGACAAAUGGAUGAAUGAUGUCUCUGAAAUAAAUCUUUUUAUCCCAGUCUUCUUCGUUACUCCAUCUCUUCUUCUCUUUUUUUCCCCAGAGUGCCCUGAGCUCCCAGUUUCUUGGCUCUUGGCAGGACCAGAUCUGGAACACGGGUCAUCCUUCAUGGAGGGAUGACCGUUACUUAGCACAGCUGAUGUGUAAUGCAAAUAAGAAUCCAGAGGUGAGGGCUAUUCUUAGAAUUUCUCUUCUAUUUCAUCUCUUGUAUCCGUAUGAAUCUGAAAAGCUGGAGGAUGGUACAUACCGCUCACCAUGCCUUCACAACAGAAAGUGGCAGAAUCUUAUUCUGGAGUAAAACACCAACCUGCUGUUAGACGAAUCUUGUUCUAGCAGAGCUGCCAGCUGCUCUGAGAUUACCUUCCCAGUUCUGUCACCUGGCUUGUAUGAGAUCCAGUUUUGCAGCCCCCCUGCUAACAAAGUCUGUAAAAUAGCAAUAGCUGAAAUACAACUUCUUUUACGUUCCGUCUUGCUUCACUGUUUAUGACUGGGGGGAAAAAAUUCUUCUGGUCUCAAGCAAGAGGUUUAUUUUCUGUGUUGAAUAUAUUAAAAGAUGUAUUUAAUGCACAUUCCCUAAAGCAAAUUUUUUAGAUAUCUCGAGCACACAAAACUGUCCCCGCAAGUACACCAGAGAAUUUACUGUGGUCCUCUUUCCCUUCUGCCCUAAGUAUACCGGUCUGAAUAGGACCAGAGAGACAACAGCAGAAGCCCCCUCUCCAGAGAGAGAGAAGUACAAGAUGUUUCAGAUGAUGGAGUGGAAGAGCUACAGAAAAGAGGCCUCGUUGGGGCAGUCUACUUUUCUGCUUAUGCCCUCCUGUCCUAAGCUCUGAAGGGACUAGAAUAGUUAAAAGUACCAGUUGCAACUGCUAUAGCUAGCUCUGGCAGUUUUUUUAGGUGUGGAUACAUCACUAUAACUUUACCUAGGGUCUUACAGUCUUUUAACUCCCAGAAUUCAAAUUUUCUACAGCAGAGUGCCCCCAGGAGAUGUUAGUAAGGUGGGCCUCUGUUCAUGCCUCAGAGCGACACUCAUCUUGACCCAUAAAAGCUGCUUUUUUCAGCUACAAGUCUCACGGUAGCAGUGCAAGCAGAGCAUAAAACCUGAAUUUAGCUGUAAAACUCACCUGAGAAAGGAACUGUUUUAAAUCUAAUCUAUGCUGAUCUUUGUGUUGCCAUAGUAACAUUAGCAUGAGCUGCAGUCACUGUAGUGUAGGUGAGUCCUUUUGCAUUUCUCUGUGUUUUAGCCUUUCUCCAACCUGAACUUCGUGUAUCAUUUAAGUCAGCUGAUCCACCUCUCAGUUGUCCCCUCCCUUUUCUCAUGCAAGUGCUUGCUGGCUUUUUUUUUAAUAGCAAAUGCAUGCAGCUCAUGUUGAAUCCACCUGGUAACGCUGCUCUUGCAGUCCUGAUGGGCUUUAGCAACUGACAGUUUUCCUCCCACAGACCUGACCAGUUUGUGAACAGACAUGAGAGCCUAGGAUCGAAGGAGAGUUUUUAGGGGAAGAAAAUUUUCACUCUUUCUUCAUGAGGCUUGAUAUGGAGGAAACAAAAACUUGGGAUUAAGUUCAAAAGGAAUAGUUUAUGUGAAA